AUGCACCGUAUUGACCAGCUGGAGUGGACCAGCCGUCAUAUAGAUUUCCGCAUGAAAGGUCUCUUGGUUGGUGAGCAGUUUACCAUGACCUUGAAUCAUCGUUCAAAGGGAUCACUUGAAGGCAUCAUUGGCGAUGGCGAUGAGGAUAGCAGCGACAAUGGGUUGAAGCCAGCGCAAGAAGCGACAAAUGGCACAAUAAUGAACCAGCUCACUACAACUCUCAACUGUGUCACCAAAGUUGUCGCCUACCUGGAUGAACUAUGCAAGCUGCCUCUAUCAGCAAUCAUUGAUGCCAUUUACAUGUUCUAG